AUCACAGUAAAGGUAUCAGCAGAGAAUCCUGCUCCUCUUAUUUUGAUUAUUACGGUAAAACAAAUGCUGGAUUUCCUUGGGUUAAUAUGAAAUAUAAAAUUUACAAAUAGGAGAUUUGUUGCUAAGCUAAAGUCACAAUUGCUAAGAUUAUAUAAAUAUGUAGAAUAUUGAUUAUCACAGCAUAUUCAGUAUGAUUGAAAAUUCUUCAUCCUACUAAAACCUUUGAUGUCAAACAAGCAGUUAAAACACAAAUCUUAUAGAUACUGACAUGUGUGAAAGACAUGCUUGUUAUUUUACUUAAAUAACGCAAACACAGUGCCUCAAAAAUGUCAACACAAAAGAGGAAUGGAUUUUACUGGCUUUUUUCUAGAUGUGCAGUAUUAGGAAAGGUGUCACAUGAAAUUAAUAUUCCAAGUAAAUUUGCUUUCUAAUUCACUUCAUACAAUCAUUGUUUUUAGGUGCUUUUAUAAAAGAUGAACUCAGAAUGUAUUUAUGAUUAGCCUAGACUUUUUAGUUGGUUAAAGGCACUUUGUGUUGUAUGUGUUAAGAGACACUGAUAUGAGUGUUUGUAACAUUCCAUACAACAAACAGUUUUUACUAAGGUUGGAGCAACAGUCCUGACCUUUUAAUAGCUAAAUCUUCACACAGUCUAAACAGCACUUUUGUUGCAUUAGUUAUAAUCUCAAUCAGUAAGAAUUAUAAGUUAAACAUUAACCAUCCCAUCAGUCUUUCACUUGCAUUCUGUAAGAUUCCGUACUAAAAAGUACCAAUUUUUAAAUUAAAUAAAUAUGCAUAAAAAUACUCUUAAAGAUGAAAGUAAAAACUGGAACUCAGAAACUCAUAAUAGGACUUGGUACUUGUUUCAAAAGCCUCUAGAGUGCAUAAUAGUGUCAAAAGGUUAAAUCAGAUUGAAAAUUUGACUGUCAAAUUUGAUAGAUAGUUAAUAUAGUAUAGAAUAUAUAUAAUAUAUAUAUAUAUAUAUAAUAUAGAAACAAAUACUGCUCAUAAGCCACAGCUUAGGUGUGGCCGUGACUUAGUUCAAACAGCUUGUCUCUGAUUCAGGACAUGACACUGGGCUACUAGCCCUGACCUGACUCUGGUGCCAGUACUGAAUACUGGGUCGGUGUGUGAGGAUAAAGCAUCACUGUCAGAAAACUUACAGAAUUGUCCGAAAAAGAAAAGACCUUUAGCUUUCAGAAAACCUUCUCACUGCUUCUCUUUGCUGUACAAACUAAAGAGAAGAAGGGCUUUAUUAUCUGAUACCACUGUAAGAAUAGAAAAUGUAUGAAUCACCACCUAUUACUCUGCUAUUUAGUUGUUGUCUGGUAUUAAUUGCUGGGAUAGCAGCAGAAGCCAUCCUUUUUGCUCAUAUCAGAUGGUUUUAAGGUUGGGAUUAAUAUUAAAGUACAAAAACUUUCCCUACAAAACCUGAAAAAUAAGCACCAGAUACUGUUCUAAUGUGUUUUGAGUUUUUUUUUUCUUCUGGCAGCUGUUUUUUUUUUUCUGCGGGCUCAAAAAGUUGAAUAAAAGAAUGAGCACCAGUCCCUUCAGUCAGAUGCAUUUUCGUGUCAUGAUCAGUUAGCUGUCCUCUGGCAGUUUGGCUUCUGACACAUGUUCAGCAGUGAUUAUUGUCACUAGUGGUGAAGAAAACAUUCGGUUUUGGUGUGCUGAAUCCAGUCAUUACUAAAAUGAUGAAGAUCACUUUAUAGCAGGCAGGCAGUUGAGUGAAAAGUAUUCAGUAGCCAGUUGUACAGGCCAAACAAUUUGAUUUAUUUUGCUUCACUGCAGCUCUCCUUAUGUAUCAGUGUUUAUCCAAAUUAAGUAACAAUUUGGCUUGAUGCAGUACCAAUACUAAGAAUUCUCCAUUCCUUUUAUGUAUGUAUGCAUAUACUUAUUUAUUUAGUCUUGUUCUUACCAAUUUUCCAAGGUGAUGAAGAAAUCUUUUGAUAUUAAUUUAAUGCCCCCAGCUUUAAAUCAAAAGACAGAUAAGGGCACUGACACCUCAGGAUGUUAAUCAGUCAACAGAAAAUACUGGCUAGUGUGCAUCUGCACUAAAAAUACUGAAAUCCAGUGAGUAAAAACUCCAAACAACAGCUAUAGGAACAAUGAAGUUGACUAGGAGGUUGCCGGAGUUGGGCAGGCUAUGUAUACCCAUAGAGGAAUUUCAAUAUUUUCAACAAAUCCUCUAUUAGGCACUUUUUUUUUUUUUUUUUUUUUUUAGAUUUGUGGCUGAUAUAAUUCCUAAUGCUUUGCUCUUUGAAGAUUUCUCCUCUUGCAUGCAGCUCAGCUAUGUGUCAGCUGUGUGUUUAUGACUAAAAAAGCCCCGAGGACUGCGCCUCGGCUCUAUCACGUGAUCGACCCCCACCCCUCUUCUCUCUCUGUCUCUCUCUCUCUCUUUUUCCCUCUAGCACCCGCGUGCUUGGAGGGCUGAGAGCCACAUAAAACUUGAGACAUAAAUCAGACUCCCAUAAAUAAUGGCCGCACUUCCCUUUACAUCUCCGUUGGACUAACAGACAAUAAAAACACCUAUAAGCAGAGAUUGGAUCUAAUUUAUUGCCUCAUAAAAACAGACGGAGAGCUCGGAUCCGCUUUAGCAGCGCAGGCACUACUGAAAAUCGUACAGUUAUUAGUGUAGCACACAGCAACGUAAACACUCACACACUAGUUCGUGGGCUUCAAAAGAUUCCAAGCGGAGAAAUUUUUAGGUGUUUUGUUAGACAGAAGAUGUGACAGAGCCGUUAUCGUGUUAUCAUCCAGUAUUGAACUAUUUGACUACAGAAAUGCUAUACUGCAAAUAGUAUUUGUAUAGUCAUGAUUGAAUUAGAAGUGUGUUUACUGUAGUACUGGUAGUAUUAAAAGAAGGAAAAGUACAACAACCUGGUCAUUAGUGAACUAUGAAAAAUAAAGAACUGUUAUUCGGUAACUUCUAACACAUUGUAUUUUCUCACGUUACAUAUUUAACCAGAAAUGGGGCUUUAGGCCAAUUAAAAUCUCAAAUAAUAUUAAUGAAAAACUGUAUUUGAGAUAAACAAAUAAAAUAUUAAUAUUGUCAGUGGAUUGACUAAAAAUGCAUUUUCAUAAUAAUCAAUUGAUAAAACUAAUCAAAUAACCGAUUGCCAAAAGCGUUAUUAAAAUAAAAUAAAAUAAAAUAAAAUAAAAUAAAAUAAAAUAAAAUAAAAUAAAAUAAAAUAAAAAUUACACGUUCCCAUCUUCAGUCGACCAAUCCACGCUCUUCAGGUCUUUACUGGCAUGUGGAAAAACGUUUUCUGCUCGCCACAAAAUCUUCAAAUAAACUCCCUAUUCUUUAUCAAAAUUUAAAAAAAUAUACAUUUAUAUAUAUUAUUAAAAAAAUAAUUAAAUUAAAAAAGAGAGAGAAUGAACGCUGCUCGCUCAGCAACUUGUGUCUGCUGUGUGGGCUUGUGUUUUCUGUGCCCCUCGGCCUACUCACUGCCUGCGCUCAAUGGCGUUUCCUCCCACACACAUUUCUGCCUUUUUGCUGCCUUUUUCUCUUUCUUAGAGCCUGGGGGUGAGGCAAAGCGACUUGGAAUGAAACGGGGCAAGGGGGGGCGGGCGAGCUAAGAACUUUUCAGUCUUUUAUUUCAGUCAUAUCUAUAACACGUCGAAUCGAGCUCCUAAAGGAAGAGAAGGAGUGAGGCUGGAUUUUUCCUUGUUAUUUAGGGAGAGAGAGAGAGGCUGCUGUCAGACUCUUUGCAGCUAGAGAAAGAUUGAUCACCGCACUUCGUUUUCUUCCACUCGGGGCUAUUCGGGCCCUCCCCAAAAUAUCCCCAGCUAAACAAAUGACCACUUCUUGAUCUCUCGCAAAAUCUACAUGUACGUCCUGUUGAGUCUAAAGGGCGCUCUCACUUACAGUUACCAUUUAUACUGCUGCUGUAUUCUUUUUAUCAUAAGAAGUAGCGGGAGGCCCGCAGCGCUCUCUCCUUUUUUCCCAGCUGGGUGAAGCGACCUCGCUGUGAACUCUCCCUCUCCCUCUGCGUAAACACGGUGAACAUUUUAACACCGUGGAGAGAGGGUGGGAGAGGAACCGUGGUAUCUUGCAAGAAGACUUUUGGAGCCUCUCUGAAAAGGUUAUUUUAGGGUAAGAUUAUAUUUAGACCUUGUUUAAAGUUUCCUCCCCUCUCAUACACACCUUUACGUAAACGUGAUAUCUAUUAGAUAUAAAAAUCGCACACUUACACAUCAGUAGGCUCCCCUCACUGUCUGUCCUCAAAUCUAAGCUAUGCUCUUGUAAACUGUUCCCUCUGCACUACUGCUGAGUAGAAAUCUCCAUCGUCCACUCCUCGUGCGCUGCUGCGCCAUCUAAAAAUUUCUCAGAAUGUUCUAAGCGUGACAUUUCCACCCUCUGUCACACCUUCUAAGAUUAAUGAGCAGCGCGUUGUAAACAGGAGACAUAUUGUAGACGGUGCUGGCCGGCUCCAUACACCUAACCGUCACCACAUCACCCAGAAGACGGGGACAACAUGCUCAAGAAGAGGAUGCUCUAUUGUUUGUGCAGCAUCACCGGGCCUGGAUGCGCCGGCCAGUCGCCCACUGCGCACAUGGCGAAUGGCCACCGCAUCGUUUUUUCACGCCCUGUUAAAACACAACAAUGGCAGCUACCCUGCGAAGUAGUAUCCUGACACGACAUUUGAUGGAAAAAAAAUAAUAAUGCUGCUUCCCACAGCCAUCACAGCCGCCUGGCCUGGGUCCAUGAUUGGCUGAUUUGGAUCAUGUGACCAGGAACUGGCUGCAAUUUCCCCCAUAGUUCUUCAGUUUAGACUACCCAGGUCCCCACACGCUAGUAAUAUCACCAAUAUACACAAUUAUUAUAUAGCCACGGUGUUUACGCCAUCUCGGUCGGGAACCUACAUUUUCGUGCGUUUUUUUUUUCAGUUGAUUUUUUUUGUGAAACCAUAGUGUGUUGCGUGCGUGUGCAAGGGUGCGUGCGUGUAUGUGUUUUUGUUGUUGUUUCUUCUUAUUUUUAUUUUUGGGGAAGGGGCUGUUCGGAGGGUAUCGCCGUUUCGGGGUAAAAGCCCGUUUGAGGGAGCUAUGAAUUUUGAAUUUGAGAGGGAGAUUGGUUUCAUAAACAGCCAGCCGUCCCUAGCAGAGUGCCUGACGUCCUUCCCCGCCGUCCUGGAGUCAUUUCAAACUUCAUCAAUCAAGGAGUCGACAGUAAUUCCGCCUCCCUUUGAGCACACCAUCCCCAGCUUCAACCCCUGCACAGCCAGCCAGCCGAGACCAGCUGCGAGAAGCCAGCAGAACCGGAGAGCCUCCGCCACUAAUGGCCUCCAGACGCAUCACGGAGCCGCCCAGCAGCCAUACACGACCGGCCAUGCCCCCGCCCCGGCCACGGUCACCCCGACCGGCCCGAUUGCCCACGAGUUCCCCUGGAUGAAGGAGAAGAAAUCAUACAAGAAGUGCCCUAAGCCAGGGAGCAACUCCAGCGGUACCGGAUCCAAUCCCCCCGCCUCAUCCUCCCCGUCGUCAACUGCCUCUGGGUACGCUUCGGCGGGCAUCGAGUCACCCACAGACCCGAGUCAGGCGGGCCUAGACGCUGGAGGAGCAGGCUCCCGCCGGCUGCGCACCGCCUACACCAACACGCAGCUGCUGGAGCUGGAGAAAGAGUUCCACUUCAACAAGUACCUGUGCCGGCCCAGGAGAGUAGAGAUUGCCGCCCUGUUGGAUCUAACCGAACGGCAGGUGAAAGUUUGGUCAAACCGGCGGAUGAAACACAAGCGGCAAAACACGCACCACCGGGACGGGAGCGGAGGAAGCCAUGAAUCCAGCGACACGGGAGGCUUUGAGCCGCUCGAAGGCGCUGACGCCUCCUCUCCGUAUUCAAGCCAGCCGCUGGAAGCAUCUGGCACAGGGGAGACUGCCUCGGAGGGAGAGCCGGGGGGCGGCAAUCCAUCUUCGGCCGCCUACGCGAAUGACAGCGGGGACAAUGCACAGCCCACACUAGAGGAGGGAGGCCGUUUGAGUAUCCCCGAGCGGUCACCGCUGUUUACGGCAUCGGGGUGCUCUGACUCUGCGGCGGCUCGUCACUCUCCGCCGGCGUUGGCGGUCACCAACUCUGCUGACAACCCGGGCCUGAUGCAGCUGAGAGAAUCCGUGCCUGGAUUAACAGCAGCUCCCGAGCAGCAGAACUCCUCAAUUACACCCACAGCUUCAUCUGCUCCUUCUGCCGUGUCUUCAUCGUCUACCCUACCAGACAUCACCUUCUUCGCCGGGGACGCCUGCCUGUCACCCAGCCUGCAGAGCACCCUGGACAGCCCUGUGGAUUUCUCAGAAGAGGACUUCGAUCUGUUCACAAGCACACUGUGCACCAUAGACCUGCAGCACCUCAACUUCUGAGACCUCAACACAAACUGAAAGUAGGGUUAAAUAAAAGCGAGUGGGGCAGUGGGCAGAGGGCCUGCGUUUAUGAGAAAUCCAGCAGAGGACACAACACUUAUAUAAAACAGAAAUAAAAGAAUAUUAAAGUUUUUCGGCAACAUUCCUGAAACUUUUCUCCAUUAAAAAAAAUGUUUGUUUGUUUUUUACAUAUUCUUCUUGCUUUUUUGGAGGGCAGAAUAGUUUCAAAGAAAGCCAAUUCAUUUUUCACUUUAAAACAUCGAAAGGAUUUUUUCCCCCUUCUUUGAAAAUAUGACAAUAUGUGGAUGUAUUUUUUGUACUGACUUUCUCGGUUUGGAAUUUUAUUAUUUUUUUUAUUAUUUAUUUAUUUCUUUUUUAGGGGGGGGGAGUAAAUCAAUCCUUAUGAGUUUGUGGAUUUGUUUCCUCUAGUUCAUCCUGGUGCAGCUUCAUGGAUUCUUAAAAGCUUCUCAGGAACUGUUCACGGAGUCUGUAGGCGCAGAUAUCUGGACCGUUUUGACAAAAUCCAAAUGGAACAAUGAAUGAAUGAGUUCUCUCUUUGAACGGCACGACGCAGAGAGAGGGAAGCCCUGCUGAUGACCGGAGGUUUAAACACUAGUUUAUUUAUUGAGAUUGUUUAAUAGUGAAAAUUCAAAUUAUUUAUUGUACAUAUAUUUUCAUAGUGGAAUAACAAUAAUAAUAAAAACACAAACAUUUAUAUUGUGCCCCAUGUUUUUUUAUAGUCUCUGAAUUUAUAAAUUAGCACAAUUACGUGUGUAACUCUAACACAUACUAUGGAUUAAUUUAUUUGACACCACUAAAUAGGCUAGAACGUUUUUAUACCAACAGCCUACAAAAUUAUUUUUUUACAACACAUUUUUUUUUACUUGACUUGAUUUAUUGCAACUAUUUUUAAUUAUUUGUAUUUAUUUGUAAUUAUUUGUAUUUUUAUAUAUAAAGCUUGCUGUGUUUUUUGCACGGAUACUUUAUACAUUAUAACCACCUCCAAAGCAAUUGAAUCCAAUACACUUUUCAAAUUUCUCAUUUCAAUUCCAGCUUCAAUUUAUUUAUUUUUUAUUAGAUAAGGAUUAAAUAAUUGACCUGUUAAAAUUCCUAAAAUGCUUGUUUAGUUUUUCCACCUUAAAGACUAUAGCCUAGGAAACUAUGUAUAGCUAGUGUGUUUACAUGGAGAUAACCUUGAUAAAUGGGAACAAAAUAACACAUUUUCCGCAGCUGCUUGCCUUCAUCAGAUGUUAGCUCAGCACGGCUAGCUCUCUGAGUACAAGCUAAGGGUUAGCAUAGCGUGGCCCUCCUCCUCCACCACCACCACCAGCAGCAGCUAUUACAAAGUAGCAAGGACAGCAGUGCUAAAAAACAAUGUAGCCUUUUUACUGACAGUGAGUGGAAGAAUAGCAAGGCUCACCUGCUGCUGAAGUAUGUAAACAUGGAAGUUAAUCCCUGAUUGGCGUCCCUUUAUUAAAAUGUGAAUGUGAAGUUAA